AUGUUAGCAUCUUGUUCAAUAUGUGACGAUUAUAUCACCGGAAUUCAUCCAGAAUCAGUUUGUACAACACCUUGUGGUCAUGUUUUCCACCACGAAUGUCUCAUGACAUGGAUUCAAAGAUCGAAAACUUGUCCACAAUGUCGGUCAAAAGUAACCGAAAGGAAAAUUAUUAAAUUAUAUAUUCAGAACAAUUCAAAUUUAAGUAUAAAAGAAGAUAUAUCUUCACUGACACAUCAAGUGCAAUCACUUACAUAUGAAAAUACUCUGAAGAAAGAAGAAAUAAAAAAUUUGUUAACAAUAAGCAAAAAAUAUAAAGAAAAACUGGCUUCAUUAAAGCAACAAGUCAAAGAUUUGAGAGUCCUAACACAAGGCCAUCAAAAUGCUGUAUCCAUUUUAGGAGAAAAUGUAAGUCAUCUUCAAUCUGAAUGUGAACAAUUUGCUUGCUACAAACUUGAAGCUGAAGAAUUAAGAAAAGAUUUGGUAAAAUACCAAUCAAUAAACAGUAUAUUAUAUGGAACAGAUGCGGAUUCUCAAGAGGCUGUAUCUUUGUUAAAAAAAAAUACUGAUAUUCAAACUCUAUGUUCACUUAUAACCUCUUUUAAAAAAGAAAUUCAGACUUUAAAAGAGAGCAACAGAGAUUUGGAAACUAAGUUUUCAGAACGUGUCACUAAAUACAUGGAACUUAAAAGACAUUUGUGCAAUGUAAAUUCAAAAGAAUCCUCGAAUUCCCUAGUAGUGGAAAAAUUGAAAUCAGAAAUUACUGAUCUUGAAGCAGAAAUUGUAAGACUGCAAAAUAAAUGUGAAAAUUUAGGAUCUCUAGUGCAAGCAAAUGGUGAUACUCCAAGAAGAACUAAAUUAAGUAAAAGAAUAAUAUACAAAAGUCCAGCUUCUGAUUUGUCCAUUACUCCAAGUUUAGAAAAAGGUUUAAAAACAGUUAUAAACUCUCCAAAAAAUUCAGUUUCCUCAAUGGAACAACCAAAAGCUCAAUUAAAGCCACAUAGUUUAAACAACAAAACAGAACAAUCAUCAUCACAAUGUGUCAAAAUAUUUAUGUCAAAAAGUCCUCGAAGACGAAUUGGAUUUAUGAGACCACCUUUAACUACUAAAUCGGUAAGUGCAAAUUAUGAAUCAAAAUCUAUGGUCUUUUCAAAUAGUUCAAAUGAAGAAAUGUACGAUGAUCUUGGUGGUCGUCCGAAACCAGAUUUGUACCCUAGUCGACAGAAACCAGUAACUAGAAAACGAAAAUAUAACAAAAAUUAG